UCUGUGAAAACGGAAAUGGAAAAAAGAAAGUUUUAUCAAGAUGUUGAUGGAAUUCGGAUGCCACCUAUAUUUUCCAAAGACGUUAUCCGAUCGGCUAUGAAUUAUAAAGCGAGACCCGGAGACUUGUUUAUAGUCACUUAUCCUAAAUGUGGUACUACUUGGAUGCAUCAAAUAGUCUUGCUGAUUCUGCGAAAGGGUCAAGUUUCUUUAGAUCCUUACGAUUUUAUCUUAAGUUGUCCAUUUAUAGAAACUGUUGGAAGAGAGUAUAUUGAAAGUGCAAAACCUAAAGUUAUGAAAACUCACUUUCCAUUUUGUGUUACGCCAUUUUCUGUACAAGCAAAAUACAUCUACGUAGCUAGAAAUCCGAAAGACUGUUGUGUUUCCUUCUAUCACUUUAUAAAAUUCAUGAAGUCAGACAAUGAUCUGAGUUUUGACGACUUCUUUGAUAGAUUUAUAGACGGUAAAGUGGGAGUUGGAGAUUAUUUCGAACAUCUUUACGAAUGGUACAAACACAGAAAUGAUAAAAAUGUCUAUUUUGUAACUUACGAAAAGCUGAAAAAAAAUAUUAGAGAAGAAAUAUUAAAAAUUGCCCAAUUUAUGGGCGAAGAAUAUGAAAAACCCAUUAUAGAAGAUCCGAAAAUAAUGGAAAACAUCAUUUAUUAUAGCAGUUUCGAAUAUAUGAAGGAACACGUCGAUAAAAUAAUGAUUAAGUUCUUCAAAGGCGACGAACUUUUUCAUAAUGAGAAUUUACCUUCCGGUCUAAUAAAAACUAUGAAAAUUUUGAGUCAGUCAGAGGGCGAAGAAACGCAAUUACCUUUUAUCAGGAAAGGCGUUGUUAACGAUUGGAAGAAUUAUUUUAAUGAAAAUCAAUUAAAGAGAUUGCAAGAUAAGAUUAAUAAUAAAUUGGGAGGCACCGAUAUCAUAAAUUUAUGGAUAGUAAUGGAGAAGAUGAAAAUUUAUAAGGAAGUGGGUGGGAUGCGUAUGUCGUUGCAUCAUUCGGAAGAAUCUGUUUUAUCUGGAAUGAAUUAUAAAGCGAAACCUGGAGAUUUGUUUCUCGUUAGUUAUCCGAAAUGUGGAACAACUUGGAUGCAUCAUAUAGUCACGUUAAUCCUUCGUAAAGGUCAACCAUCCGAGGAUCCGUUAGAUUUCCUGUUAGGUUGUCCGUUUAUAGAGAUGAUGGGAAGAGAAUAUAUAGAAAUGACUAAACCGAAAGCCAUGAAAACACACUUACCAUUUUUUGCUACUCCUUUUUCUCCAGAAUCUAAAUAUAUUUACACUACCAGAAACCCUAGAGACUGUUGUGUUUCGUUUUAUCAUCAUAUAAAAUUCCAUCCACUUCCUAUAGUCGAGUUAAGUUUUCAAGAAUUUUUUGAACUAUUUCUCCAAGGUAAUAUACCAUACGGCGAUUAUUUCGAUCACCUUCUCGGAUGGUACGAACAUAAAAAUGACAGCAACGUUCAUUUUGUAACAUACGAAGAUCUCAAGAAAGAUAUCAAGAAAGAAAUUGUGAAAAUAGCCAAAUUCAUGGGAGAAGAAUACGAAAAAAGUAUUUUGAAUGAUCCAACAAUAUUAGAAAAUAUUAUUUAUUACAGCAGUUUCGAUUAUAUGAAAGAGAACAGCAAGAAUAACGUUGAUGUGUUUUUUCAAAAAGACAAAACGUGGCUACAAAAUAAAAAUUUUCCUCCAGGGAUGAUGAAAUUUUUACAAAAUAUAAAUAAAACAGGAAAAGAUACAAAAGGCGGGACUCUGGUUAGAAAAGGAAUUGUUGGCGAUUGGAAAAAUUACUUUAACGAAGAACAAAUACGAUUGUUAAAUGAAAAAAUUGUGGAAAAAACAAAAGACAGUGACGUCAUGAACUUGUGGAAAGACAUUUUUGAAAAUAAUUAA